AUGGGUCGCCCAAGCACCACCUGGCAGGGCAAACAGCGCAAGCAGUACAAGCGACACGCUGUUGCGUACAGCGACAAAAAAGCCUGGCUUGAAUACCUCGACAAAGGGUUCUCGGUCAAGCAGUGCAUCGUGCACUUCUGCGGAGAGCUACCCCGAAAAGAAUACCGCGCAAAGGAGAAGUCGCUUAGCAAAUGGAAGAAACCAGCUAAGCAAAUUAAGGCGGCUUCUAAAUCGGGUCGGGCGAGUCAUUCUAACGGGCGGAAGCUUGGUGAUGGUGCGGAGCCGAGUAAGGAAGCUGAGGACGAAAUUGUACAGUGGAUCAACGGAUUGAGGCAAGAAGGCGUGCCUGUUUCUAGGUUCAUGUUAGAGAGUGAAGCUAAACUAGUUGUGGCUGAUCAUGACGUCCCUCCCGACAAAUUGUCAGCUUCACCGACGUGGAUGAAGCUUUUCAUGAGACGGCACAGGUUCUCGCUG